AUGACGUUCUGGGCUGCUAUGAUUCUGAACCCCCAAAUCCAAGCAAAGGCGCAGGCAGAACUUGAUAGUGUUGUCGGAAAGGAUAGAUUACCCACCAUAUCAGAUAGGCCACGAUUGCCGUAUAUCAGGAGCAUAAUGGCGGAGGUGUUUCGUAUGGGUCCUUCUAUACCUCUAGGUCAGUUUAUCACCUGUGCCGUUUUUGCUAACGCUGACAAAGUCCACCCUCCAGGAAUACCCCAUGCAGUUAGUGAAGAUGAUGUUUAUGAAGGAUAUCAUAUACCCAAGGGCGCCUUUAUCUUGCCCAACGUUUGGCACAUGUUGCACGACCCAGAAGUCUAUCCAGACCCGAUGGAGUUCAAACCCGAGAGAUUCAAUGGUAGCGAAUCAGAGAUGAAGAAGGCGACAGACCUCGUCUUUGGAUUCGGCAGACGAGUUUGUCCAGGAAUGCAUUUUGCGGAAGGCACACUCUUUGCAAUUAUUGCAACUACUCUCGCGACCUGCCAUAUUCUGCCUGGACUCGAUGAACAUGGGAAGGAAGUGUUGCCCAAGUUUGCGUACACCCCGGGGACAAUUACUUUCCUGGAGCCAUUUCCUAUGAGGCUAAAGGCGCGCUCUCCGGAUGCCAUUUCUUUGUUAGAAAAUGUCCCUUCGGAUGUUGAGUAA